CCCCCCAAAUGGCCCUGUGCGCGCUCCCCUGAGCUGCCGGGCUGUCUGCAGCCGUCGCUGCUCCAUCGCCUCGCUUGGUUUCUCCACGUCCAGCCAGGAUUUUUUACUUUUUUAUUUUAUUUAUUUUUUAUUUUUCCUCCCAUCUGAUCUGCGCAUCCCUCCAUCUUCAGGAGCUCCGUCCCGUCCCGCUCCCCUGCUGCUGCUGCUGCUGGUGUGUGUGUGCGCGCGGGCGCGUGUGUGUGUGUGUGUGUGUGAGAGUGUGUGUAGCUCAGGACUGCCCCCCCCACCCCCUCUCCACCUCCUUUUCUUGCUCCUUCCACUAUAAACCCCAACAGCCAUGCGUUCCUGUGCAAAGAUGCUGGCCGUCGUCGUUCUCGGAAAUGUCAUGCUGCAGUAUGUCUCCUCUCAGAACGCUGGGUUUGUGAAGUCGCCUAUGUCUGAGACAAAGCUCACGGGAGACACCUUUGAGCUGUACUGCGAUGUGGUCGGUAACCCCACACCGGAGAUCCAGUGGUGGUACGCUGAGGUUAACCGGGCCGACUCCUUCAAGCAGCUGUGGGACGGUGCCCGCAAACGACGGGUGUCAAUCAACACGGCGUACGGCAACAAUGGCGUCAGUGUGCUGGGCAUCACUCGCCUCACGCUGGAGGAUUCCGGGACCUACGAGUGCCGGGCCAGUAACGACCCGCGCCGCAACGACCUGCGUCAAAACCCCGCCCUCACCUGGAUCCGAGCUCAGGCCACCAUUUCCGUGUUGCAGAAGCCAAAGAUCAAUGCCUCUGAUCAGGAGAUUUUACCACCUAAAAAGCCACAGGAAGACAACCCUCCCAUCACCCUACAGUGUAACCUCACCAACUCUCAUAAUACCCACCAGGAAAGCUUCUGGAUGAAGAAUGGAGAAGAGAUCCCAAAUACAAGAAAAGGACUGAAAAACACAGAGUUGAUACUAAGCAAACCAAGGGCGGAUGAUGCAGGGGAAUACAUGUGCGUUUACACCUUUGACAUGGCCCCCAAUGCCAAUGCCUCCAUCGAAGUCAAAGCGGCUCCUGAAAUCACCGGUCACAAACGAAGCGAGAAUAAAAAGGAAGGAGAGAACGCGCUCCUGUACUGCAAAUCUGUGGGAUACCCACAUCCCAUCUGGACAUGGCGGAAAAAAGUCAGCCAGGGAUCAUACAUAGAUGUCGACAACAGUACUGGACGCUUCUUCAUCACCACCAAAGACAAUUAUUCAGAACUGAAUAUUAUAAAUCUUGACAUCAGCACAGACCCCGGCGAGUAUAUCUGCAAUGCCACAAACAUUAUUGGAUAUAAAGAAUCAAUGUCAAUCCUACGGGUGCGCAGUCACUUGGCCCCACUCUGGCCAUUCCUGGGUGUGCUGGCCGAAAUCAUCAUCCUGGUGGUCAUCAUUGUGGUUUACGAGAAGCGCAAGAGGCCAGACGAGGUGCCAGACGAUGAUGAACCAGCUGGACCAGUGAAAACAAAUUCCACUAACAACCACAAAGACAAAAACCUGAGACAGCGGAACACCAACUGAGCAAAUAAACUUAGAAAAAAGGACUAACUGCACAUCUUGACCGUAUGAAGGUAUCCAAGGGGAGAAGAACCUCCUGGCCAUUUCUAAUAAAGCAUAUCCUGCCUCACUUGGUGAACGAAACAACAGCAGCAUAACACUGGCAGAAAAGAACAAUAAGGACUGUCUUAAGCAUGCCUUAUUCAGUCUUAUGGUAUGUGAGUAUGUGUGGGCACAGGUGACUAAAUUCAUUCAAAUGGUGUACACAUCAUUUUUACUCUGUGCUGUUAACUUUCUCUUUUUUUUUCUUCAUGUCAUCCUAAUGAGGUUAUCCUUUUUCAUACUUACAUAUCGUGUCGAAUGCAUGCAGUAACAUAACCUAAUAACAGUUCAUUCUUUUCUAUCGUUAUUUAUUUGUGUGGUGUUGCAUCAAAAAGGAUUACCCUACGUGCAUUUUUUUAAGAAAUUCAAUCGGAGGAAAAAAAAAUAUGUUCACUUGAGUUCUUUGUACAGUUUAUCAUUGAUUCAUGGAAUUUAAACAAAGGUGUUCUAUCUAAAGCUGGACUGCAAGAGCCUAGCUGUGACAGGCAGAGCAGUAUUUAAUCACAGAGAACUGUCUAUGUAUUAAAUAAUUUAAAAAGAUGGAUAAAUGUUAUUUAUUUUCUAGAGUUACAUAGAUGUCUUGUACAGGUUGCGCUGUAAGUGUUCAAAUAUUAUAAUAGCAUAUCUGUAAAAAGCAAAGAAUAUAUCUUUUUUUUAAAUUCUCUAUGUCCUCCAACAAAUGUUUCUUUUUAGUCAGAUAUGAUUCUUGUACAGCAUGGCUAUUAUCCUAUGCAAUAUGUAUUCAUAUAGAUCUACUGAGAAUUGUAAGGUGGGGAGCGUUUGUUUUGAUGAAUUUCACAGACUAAGCUUUAAUGUUGUGGGAUCAUCAGGAUGCAGGAAUAGAAUAAAUGCACUGCUGUAGUUGCAUGACUACUCCUCCUUAAGAAAAUGGUGUAUCAGUGUGUUGCAGUGCAACUGGACCAAUAUAUAAAAGGUGGCACUUGCUGGAGCUAAAGCCAUUACAAUAAUAUGUGAGACCAACUGUUCUUUUUAAAAUAAAGGCUCCAAAAUUAUGAA